AUGAAUAGAAUAAAAUGGUCCCUGGUUAUAAUACGCCGCCAAACGGGACGCUCCCGGCGGGGGCUCCAGCGCGCUGGACUUCAGGAAGUAGGUCUGAAAAGUGCGCGCGCCGGCUUACGUAAUCGUUACGUAAGGGGCGAGCGGGGGCUGCAGGGGUUGUGCGCGGCCCGAGCGGGGCCGGGGCGAGGGGGCGAGGGGGAGGGGGCCGUCGGACGGGGGCGAAGGCGCCGAGAAUCGAUUCCCAUCCGCAGUCCGGCUCGGCGCUCGAACAUGGCAGACAAGAAUAAGGUUGCUGAACAAUACUACGCCCCACCGCCGGACCUAGGCAAAUGGGAGGGCUUCAGGAUCUUCCUGUGGAACUCCGAGACGGGCCAGUUCCUCGGCCGCACGGGCUCCAGCUGGGCUAAAAUCCUCCUGUUCUACCUCAUCUUCUAUGCCAUCCUCGUGGGGUUCUUCGCCGCUUUGCUGGCGAUCUUCUACCAAACGCUGGACUACAAAACGCCCAAGUGGCAAAUGGACGGCUCCCUGAUCGGCAACAACCCAGCCGGCGUGCUCAUCAACAUCGAGUGCAAGGCGUGGGCGAAGAACAUCCAGUACGACCGGUACGAGAGGCGCGGCUCCGUUCACUUCGAGCUGAUGGUGGACCGCUCC